CCCGUUCUCGUCAUUCUCUCUCGAACCGCCGAAAGAGCCAGUAGCUAACCGACAAAACGGUCAUCACGCGAGUUCACCGUGACAGUAUACACACAGAGCUGAAAGCGUAUCGUUGUGAAGUGCACAGCGUGUUGUGAAUCGAUCAAAUCGGAAAACCGCGAUUGCUGCAAACGUUUCUCUACACCGUCGUGUGCGAAUUAGUUGUGUUCGUGUAAAGAAAAACACAAACACCUAUACACAGCAAAACCGAACGAAGUGAAAGUUUUGUUUCUGCAGGGAAUGCGUUUUACGUGCAUCGUCGUCGUUGUAAAGAGAAAAAGAAGCAAAAAGGCAUCGUGUUAGUUUUUCUCCAUCGCUAGCGUGCGCGCGUGUGUAUGUGUGUCCCUAUGCGUUCUCGCUCUAGCACAGAAUUUUACAACGUGCCUCGAACGUGAGCAAAUACAAUAACAGAAAAAGCGACUGCAACAACAACAAAAAUACACCCACCGCGUAGUAAAAUAACAACCCCCCAUCCACGGGUACGGAUUAUCGAUUUUUCGUCUCAGUGUGUGAAAAGCGUGGAAAAGGAAAAAAAACGCUGCUGGAGUACGUGACUACGAGCACAACUUUUCCGUUUGACAGACACCGUAUUUGCCGUUUCGGUGUGCCGCCUUGGUGUGUGAGUGUGUGCGUGUGUGUGUACGCGCGCUUGUGUGGCUGUGUGUAUCGCCACAGCGAAAAGGAAUUGUGUGUUUUGUUUGCGCGUUUGAGCGGUCGCCACUUUCCACGCACGCCAAGAUGGCUUUCAUGAUGCCGGUGAUGAAGAACGAGUUCGACAUCUACAAGGGGCGCCAGCGGCGGAUAUCGGAAUGCUCGAACCAGAGCAACUGCCGGUCGCGCAAGGUGUCGGAAAGCUCGCGCUCCGACUGCCCCAGCCUGUCCACGUCGCCCGGCACCGAAGGGUUCAUGUCGAGCUCGCCGGCCCACCGCAGCCACCCGAUGUACAUGUCCCAUCUGGCCUCCCGGUCGCAGUUUUCCCGCAACUCGUCCCGCACCUCGCAAAGCUCCCUGAUCGCGUCCAGCCCGUCGAAAGCGAGCGCGGGCAGCAGCCCGCCGAAGGGUGCGGCCGGACCGGCCGUACCGGCAGCGGCGGCGGCCGCCGGCAGCCAGAGCAGCCUCAACAAGUUCCACAGCCGGCUGGUCGACAAGCUGCGAAAGUCGCUGCGCAAGAGCAAGUCGUCCGAUGGCCGGUCAUGAGAGGGGAAAGGAGCGGGUGCUGGCGCCGUGGAGGGAGAAAGCCCCGAUGCGGCACCGAACCACGAAGACGGCGGCGGCGGCGAUGAUGACGACGACGACGGCAACAACAACAACAACGAAGACGAUGACGAAACGCCCGGCGAAGCAAGUCACCAUGGUAGCCGGAUGAGCAGGCGGCUGGAGGACGAGGUGCGGGAAGCUUGCUCGGACAGUGUGCUGCAUGUGCAUCACCGGAAGCCACCGCUACCCCGGACGUCGACAUCGUCCGUCAGGGCGGCGGGCAAGAUCCGCUCCCGACGGGGCACCUACAGUGCGCCACGGUAACUUGGCCGCACCAGCAGUGGCCGCGAAUGGUGUUCGGUGUUGUUGUGCCCCGGCCGAUUUCACACAUUUAGAGCAACGAGAGACACGGAUAAGACGAGUAUGGCUUAUUAUUAGUAAACUUACAUUAAACUACUUAGAGUAAACGCAGGGCAGCAGCAGCAGCAGCAGUACUAGCAGCAUUAGAGCAGAGUCAAAGAAGGCAUUGCAAUAGUUGAGUGAAGGGGUAGAAGAGAAAACAUUAAACACGGGUGCGCCGCAUUGAACCAGCAUCAUAUACACCACACAUACACAGCUUACUUGUUAUAGUUACAGUACGGCUAGCUAAUAUUAAUCACCUAUCACCAUCCCGCUCAUACUAGCAAGUAAUAACGGCUCGCCGAAUCAAAACUAUUCAAUAAUACCUGUACGUUUUAAGUGUUAUCAACUAUGCUCGCAAUCGCGUCCCUGGCUCAUAUUAGUAUGUACAUUAGUAUGGCGUGGACAGGGAAACGAUGGUUCGUUUCCUGCCUAGUAUUAGGCGGCCCUUAAGUUAGAACAAAUAUUUAUGGAUCAAAAACUGCAACUCCUCUCUCUUCCAUCGAUUCUUUUGACAUGAUUCGUUUCUUCACAAUGCCGGUUUUUUUUCAUACGAGGGUAUAUUCCCACCAUCAGUUGCUAAUAAUCACCAGCACACGUUUUGCCAUCGUACGCGUACAUACAUAUCAGUUUCUAGCAGUGUUGAAACGAGAGAUUUGUUUUUCCUUUCCUCUGCAUCCUACUCAAUCCGCAAAGAUCCGUACGGUGCAGCAAAUUUUUAUUGGAUCAUAAGGGCCAAUCAACAAGCAAAAAUUGAAACAUACAUAUUGCAUUAUGCACACCCCAACGCUCACAGGAAACAAAACAACCUUAUUCAAAACUGUGAUACAUGUUCGGAAUCUGUACAGAAAAGAUCGCACCACAUCUUGUAAUAGAGCGCCAAAGUAGGUAGGGUGCAUGGAGCGAUUUGCUUACACGGUACGCUCCAACGGCCAUUCCGUAAACGGCCCAUCCCCAACAGCACUUAGUAGAUUACGAAGAACAGAGGGGGUCGAUGCAAUCGCAAACGAAAUUCCGCCUUCCGAUCCCUUUCUGUAUUGGACACGUGUGUGAAGGAAGCACAACGAACCAACAACAACAAAAAACGAAACAAAUUGGACAAUGAAAUUGCAUCCAUCUGGAAAGUGCAUUAGCUGUUUACAGUUUUUUUUUUGUUUUGUUUGUUUGUGUUUGUGCAUGUGCACACCUGUACAAUUGGAAGUGGAUGUUGAAUUUUGUGUUUCAAAAACAUGAUACGAAAGAGGAAAAAAAACAACAUGCAAGUCCUAUUUUGAUUAACCUGCCCCCCCUGGCUGGUGGCUGUAGUAGGUGGGGGGGAGGUUUUUCCUUUUAAACAAACUACCCAUACACAGAGACAUACAAAAACUUACACAAUCUGUGAUUCAUACUGGUGAGGAAUGUGUUGAUAUCGAAUUGUGAAUGCUUUUAUGUAGCGAAACGAACCGGAGGAGAUCACUAAUAGUCGCGCUUCAGCAAUGAGCAUAUAUUUUAAUAUCCCUAGAACAAAAAAACGGAGGGGGAAAACAUUAGCGCAUACUGUAUUUUGUUUGCGUGUGUGUGUGUAUGCGAAUAGAAAAUUGGAAUUUGCAAAACAAUACUAAAAAAGACAGGCGAUAGGGAGCAGGGGGCAAAUCUUGCACAGCACUGUGUGUGUGAGAGAGAGCGAAAGAGAGAGAGGCGGUCUCGGGAAGGCGGUUAGAUCAAUAUUUAUAGAGCAUAAGUCCCUGGACCUGAGGGGUGAAGGAAAGAAUUCUAAAAUACGCAAUAGGAUGACUUGACGCGUAGCCCACACACGUAGCAUGGUGUGGAUGCUUUUUCUUUUUUUUAUAUCUAUAUGGAAAUUUAAAUGUAUUGAUAACAAGGACACGAACUACAUACAAACACCAAUGUGUUUUUUGGGGUGGCGAUGCUGGGUGUUGGCGCAUUAAUGCGCAGAAUUGAUUGUACUGUAAUGCGAUAAUAAAAUACGAUACACAUACACAAAUACGCUUAACAUGAAUGACUUAACUAAACGGACACAUGUACAUUUAGCGGACUUUCUCUCUCUCUUUUUAACGAUCCAAUUUGAACAGCAGGAGGUCAAACGUGUAAAUGGAGACCCUUCCAUUUCCCUGAUUUUUACUACACGUUAAACGUAGUUUUAAGGUGCAAAUAGUUAAUUUAGACAUUUUUCUCUCUCUAUCAAGCACUGCUCCUAUACACCAAGCAAACAAACAUGGCUGCCACGAGGCAGUAAUGUUUUGAAAACCCCCCUCCCCCUGUAAAUUCGGCCCAUUUCACAGAUUGCUGCGACCUUUCCGGAUCGUUGCUAGAGCGAUAGGGGCAACUCGCAAACGUUCCGAUUGUGGUGAUUUGAGCGAGGAAAAAGCAUUGGGAUGCAAAAUUUUGAAGUUUUUUUUUAAUAACCAGAUAAUUGCAUAUGCUACAACCUGGCUUAGCUGCUUUACGUGAGCGGUAGGUACUGAAGUUACCCAGGCUUUACAGCCCGGAGGCUCACUUUCGAUUGUUAGUAAAAGACUGUUGCUGGAGUUUGUUUUUUAGUUCCCCCUUCGCGCCCGUUCCUGUUAGCGAUCUUGAUCUUCUCGCGUUGCGUUCCCGUUUGCGGAAACGACCUAGACUUUAGUAGGGUAGUGAAGUCCUAGAAUUGGGACGACUGUAGUGCACUGAUAAGCAGAGAGCGUGGCCAUCAUCCUCCACCAGUCAUCAGUCCAUCCAUCGUCCAACCCCAUAAUUCAUCGCAUUCUGACCAGUUGACCAAACGUUUAAUAUUGAUAGCCCGGAGCCGUCACCGGGACCGGGUAUAGCACCAGCAGAAGAAGGUGUAGAAGCAACUGAUCAGCAAAAUAAUAAAUUGUGAUCCAAACAUGUUUAUUGGUCUUCGGUACGUACCAUAGGGCAGGUAUGCAGGCAGACAGGGAGAUGAUCAAAAAACACAGGGCACAUACCCACACGAAAGACACAUUCCACUUUUGCCAAAUUCUAAGUCACACGUGUGUCUAUGCUAAAGGGGAAAUUUAUUCUGGCAAAAAUGAGACAAAAAUUUGGCAGACCAAACUCGAUACCGGGACUCUAAUUAUCGCCUAUUUAGAGAGAGAAAAAGAGAGAGAGAGAGUGUGUGUGAGAGAGAGAUAACAUAAAAGAACAAGCAUGCCCUCUAGAAAAUCUUUUCGGAAUCGUUCAGAAAACGUACAUUGCUCCACGUUGGACGUAAGAACCUUAUCUACCUAUAUCUGUAUCUCUAAAAUAACCGAAUAUGCUGCAAAAAUAAGGUGCAAAUAAAUGAAAACGCCCCAUGAAAAAUCAACUGAUUGGAAUCGAAGUUAAAACACACAUACAUAUUGUAUAAGCAUAUAUUAUUACCCUGUAUACAUAUAUCUAUAUACCCUUAUAAGCCAACAAAACCGGAAGCUGCACAGCUCCGUCAUUUGUAAACCCAAAAUAUGAAGAAAAAAAUAAACAACCAGAAAAACAAUA